AUGGAAACAUCUGUGAUCAUAUACCCCCCUCGCCCAGCCAAGUUCGCCAACCCGGAUGUCUGCGCUGAGUACCUCCUCGCCAUGCUCAAAUACCUGUGCCCCUCAGCCCAGGAGCGGUUCGGCCCUCCAGAUGAAGAGACGCUGCGGGAUAUCCUUGUCAACCAACCAGCGUUGAACAACACCCACGUCGAGCCCUUCUAUAUGGUCACCGGCCUCAACCGCAAUGUGGCACACACACUCCGCUCCCAAUCCAUAUGGUCAUCAAAAGUCGGGACAUUCUUCGUCCUCCCGAAUCCAGUACCAACCCCCACUUUCGCGGUAUCAAUCCAGGCUCUAACAUGCCAAGACAACUUCUGGCAUGUCCUCCGCAACGUCAUCAUCGACGUCCUGAAGACCGACCCUGGUGUCGUGAACAUGAUUACGGUCGGCGCAGCAGAGAACGACAUCCACGACCAGGAGGGUAUUGACGUCCUUGCAAAGACGACCCUGGACUCCGUCCACAUCUGGCCUCUGCGCAUACCCCAAGGAGACAACGACGCUGACGGCUACGAAAGACGUUGGAACCUCUACGUCAACUGCCCCAUGCACAAUGACCUCCACACGAACUGGGUCUCCCUGCUGCGAGGCAUUGACUACAACAAAAUGGGGCACCAGAACCGACGCCGGCAUGAUGUGAUGCACUUACUGCUCAGGAAUUGA